AUGUCAAAACUUCCUCAGCGACAACAGCAAAACUACCAAUCAGGGUCACCGUCUAUUUCCGACAAGGAAUCAAACGAUUCACAUCAAUUAUUAUUGGCUCAUUUGUAUAAUUACUUCAGAAGUAAUGGAUUGAAUGAUUCUGCAGAGGCUCUAUUAAGAGAAUGCAAUAAUUCCAUACCCAAAUCUGCCAAUGGCAUGUUUUCUUUGGGCAAUUCAGAUUUACAAACUGACAACACCUUCUUGGAUGAAUGGUGGAGUUUAUUAUGGUCCUUACAAUCAUCUGUUCACCAGAAUCCGAAUCCUAUGGGGAGCCAACAAAGAAUGUUGACUCCACAACAACAGAUGAUUUUACAACAAAGAAUGUUUCAACAGCAACAGCAGCAACAACAACAAUUACAACAACAAAGGUUGCAACAACAAGCUCUAAUACAACAACAGCAACAGCAACGUAUAAUUGCAUCACGUCAGCAACAACAACAACAACAACAGCAGCAACAAAAUGCACCACCACCUCAAAAUAUUCCUAAUAAAUCACCAGCUGUUGGUCUGAUGGGUCCACCUAAUAUGAAUUUACAAGCGAAGGCAUCUCCAAGUAUGGAUCAAUUACAAUCUCAGGCAAGGUUACAACAAUUGAAAUUGCAAUUUCAACAGCAACAACAGCAACAACAGCAGCAGAUUCAAAUGCAAAUUCAACAACAACAACAACAGCAGCAACAGCAACAGCAACAACAAAUGGGAAGGUCUCCUGUCGUUAAUUCCAAUGGACAACCGCCCCAUCAAUCUCCUCAACCACCUGCACAAAACCAACCAACUCCUGCAAAUAAAGCUGUUUCUCCAAAGUUGCAUAGACAUUCAAUGGACGAGUACCUGAUGAAUUUGUUGCAAAUUGAAAACCAAAGUAACUUACAAAGGCAAAGAUUCAACCAAGCUCAGCAACAGCAACAACAACAACAACUGCAAAAUGAGCAAUCAUUUGGACCUAAACAGGGAAAGCCACCUACUCAACAACAAUUGAGGAGACAACUGACUCAGUCUCAGAAACAACGUCCACCUCCAAGACAACCACAAGCGACUCAAUCAUUUACUGCACCUGGUGAAAGAAAAGCUUCCUUUGACGGAAUGUUUCCCGUGCAGAAUCAAGGUAUGUACCCACCUGGCCCUCCAGGUGGACCACCACUUGCUGGACAAACACAACCAAUGCCUCAACAACAGCAGCAGGCACGACCACCACAGCAACAACAACCACAAUUGCAAAGACAACCACCUCCACAGCAACAACAACCUCAAACUCAAACUCAGUCCCAACCUCAACAGCAGCCUCCGCCUCCUCUGCAACAACAACAACAACAACAACAACAACACCCUCCACCUCACCAGCCAUCACAACAGCAACAACAACAAGGACGUGACGGACCAAACAAACAGGAACCUAAUCUGUUAUUAGAUGAUACCUUUUUCCUGGGUAACUUGCUUUUGGACGAGUUCAAAGAGUUUACAUCUAAUAAUAUGGAUGAAAGUCAGAAUAACCCACAGUUUAACACACCAUCUGAACGAAUGGGAUUUGGAAUGACACCAAACCAACAACAAAUGCAAAAUAUGGGGCCACCUCAACAACAGCAGCAACAACAACAACGUAUGCAAAUGAAUGCUUUUGAUGGUCUUGAAUUAGGUGGAUCCAUGGGCGAUGGUGGGAAUGAUGAUGUUGGACAAACAAUUACUACAGAUUGGUUAAGUCUGAUGGGAUCAGGGCCAGGUUAUGGAUGA